CGGCGGGCAGGGUGGGAGGGAGGCAGGCAGGCAGGGGGAGAUGAGUGGGCUCGAGAGGGAAUGAGCUCGGCCUACUGAGCUCUCCACGUCGCCGCCAUUACCAUCAUGUAUCGGACCAGUGGCGGUCGCUCGAGCCGUUCAUCCUCCAGCCGGUGUAAAGAGAGCAGUAGCUCGGGCUCCCGCAAUUCACGCUCCGGUACCUCCGCGUCCGGGUCGACUCGAGGCCGUAGCCCGCGCCGCUCACGCUCGCCCUCUCCCCGGGGCCGCCGCCACCGGUCGCCGUCCAGCAGCCGCUCUUCUCGCCGCUCGCCGUCCCCGCGACGCACUAGCAGGAGACGGUCUCCGAGCAGGCACUCACAUUCUCCAAGCAAGCGUUCACGUUCCCCAGGACGGCAUUCAUUUUCCCCAGGACGGCAUUCAUUUUCCCCAGGACGGCAUUCAUUUUCCCCAGGACGGCGCUCACGUUCUCCGGGCAGGCGCUCACGUUCUCCGGGCAGGCGCUCACGUUCUCCGGGCAGGCGCUCUACAAGUCGCCACUCUGAAUCUUCAGUGGAACAAGGCUUGCGGAUCACAGUUGGCAAUGAUCGUUAUGGCGUUGACACACCAGAACGAAGAAGAUUGUCUGAUAGACUAGGCUCGCCAGUUGAUAGCCUGAGUGAUGUGGACAGGGAUGAUUUGGCUGAUGGUCCAAUAUUUAGCAGAGGUCUUUCACAUCCUCGAAGCCCUGAGCGGUAUCCGUCUCAUGAGGAAAGCCCUUCUAGUCCUUUCAGUAUGAGACAUGAUGAGGACUAUCGCAAUAGGGAUAUUUUCCUCCACCAAUCAGACUAUGGCAUGAAAUAUGACAAUCUACAGGAUCUAUCAAGAGAACGUGACAGGGAUGGUGAAGUCCUUAGGAAGUCCUUAUAUUCAUCAGAGGAGAGAGGGAGAGAAAUAAAACGCCCUCGAUACGACAGAGAUGACAGACUGCUUGAUGUGAGCAUAGAUCCUCAGGGUUUCUUGCCAGGAACACGAAAUUACCGUAAACGUAGUAGGAGCCCAAGCCCAACAUACCUGGAUGAAGAUUUCCGUGAACUUGAAAGUGCUAGGAGAAAAAGAGAGAAGGAGGAACAGAGCAGAAAUUUGAGUCGAGAACUGACUGGCAGUGGCUGUGUGAUCCCUGGCUUGACUAACCCAGUACAGUCUCCUGAACCACGAUACCUCUAUAGACCAGAUGAAGCACCAGCAAUGCCCAAAAAAUCUAUCCUGAAGAAAAGAGUGGAUGAUUCUUCUGUGCAGCCUGAAGUAUUUCCUUGCAGUUCUGCCUCUGUCAAAGAACCUGCUCUUUCAAGUCAUCCUUCUUUGCCCCAGCGUAGCUGCAUUACCCCUUUUUCAUCUGAGGUGGAAAAUUUCCUCAAACAAUUUAACAAAAAUGCAGUUGCAGAAUCUGCAAGCACGGAGUCUCAAGGGAAUGUGUGUGAUUGGAGACCAUAUUCUGGCCUACAACAAAACACUUUCCCUGGUGAACAGAAUUUUGAAAGCUUUUUAAAACAAAAAGAGUGUAAUGAGUCUACAUCAGAGCCUGUUGACCGGCAUAGUGACUUCUUGCUUCCUCAUGAAAGAGCUAGCCAGGAUGGGAGUGGCUUUUCACGCAUUCUGGGCAUGAUGGCAGAUUCGACUAGCACUCAAGAAAAGAGAAGACGCAGCUUUCCUGACAUUGAGGAUGAAGAGAAAUUUCUUUAUGGUGAUGAUGAGGAUGACUCCCUUUCUACUCAGAACAUCAGCUCCCCCCCUUCUCAAAAGAUCAACUCACCCUCUAUUCAAAAGCUAACGAUGACUAGUGUGAAAGAACCUCUAAGUCAGAAAGUAAGCUCCCCAUCUUCUCCUACUCCCUCUGUAAAACCAGACACUUCAGAGGAGUUCAGACCAGAAUAUGAGAAGAUCCAUGACUUGCUCAAAACUAUUGGUCUUGACAUUGGGGUGGCUGAAAUUGGUAAGCUCGCUGCCCGCACACAGGAACGGCUCCAUGGGAAAAAAAGAUCUCGUUCUCCUGAUCGUCAUUCAGUAGUUUCUCGUAAAACAGACUCUCGGGAGCUGCGCCGUAGUCGAAGUGACACUCGUUCUCCAGAGUCAAGCCAGAAGCGCUCUCUUUCACCUUCUGGUUCUUACCCAUCAUCUAAAGAUACUUCCUCUGUUUCAAAAUCUGAGCGCAUUAAAAGCAAAACUGUGGGGCAAGAUAAUUCUGCUGACACACCAGAACGAUCUGUUCCAUCAGUAUCUCUAAUCCCAUCAGCACCACCUUCUCUUCCUAAUUUGCCUCCCACUUCAGUUUCUCAGUAUUCAGUUUCACGCUUUUCACCAUUCACUACUACUCAGUUACCACAAAACUAUCCAACUCCCACAAUGCCCCCUUCUGGCUAUGAUGCAUAUAGACACUAUAUAGCUUAUGCAGCUUCUGGCUGGCCCAUGUAUGCUCCUCCCCAGCAGGCUGAGCCUGCACUUUCAGAUGUACAAGGGCUUGUCACGCUGACAAUGCCACCAAAUUCUAAACGACCAAACCUCAGAGUUAUUGAGACAGUUUCCACAGAAAAGAUCCCAGUUGUGGACAGUUUCCACAGACAAGCUCCUGAAUCCAAAAAAGAAGACUCUGUACACAUGCAAAUUCCCACUAUAACUGCUUACUCCAGAUUGCCCCCUCAGCAUCCUCAGCCUUCUUUCAAAAGUAGCACAGAAAGAAUAUCUGAUGAAAAAAACCGAGCUUCGCAGAAGCAAAAGGUAAUAGAAGAAAGAGAGAAAUUGAAGGCUGAACAAGAAGCACGACAGAAGAAACUGCAGUAUCUUAAGACAGAGUUAGAUAGACUUUCCAAACAACAAGGAGAGAUGCUGCGGAAGAAACGUAGGGAGAAGGAUGGACACAAAGACCCCUUGCUAGUGGAAGUGAACCGACUGCAAGAGAACAUUGUGAAGGAAAUUGCUCAGCUGCAGACAAAUGCUGAAGCAGCAGAGAAAAAACAAUCCGAGCUAGACAAAGUAGCUCAGAUCCUGGGGAUUAACAUUUUUGAGAAAUCCAGGAAACAAUCUACAGAAAAUAAAGACACUUCAGAAAAAAACAAGUCAGAAAAUGCAAAAAGUCAGGAGAAAACUUCCAGCUCAAUCAAGGAACCAAAAACAUCUAAUGACAAGCCCAAGGGUAAGAGCCCCAAACCUACAGAAUCUUUACAACCAUCCAAACAACAUUUCCAAUUGGCCAAUAUUUAUGACUAUUACGACACAGGGAAUCAUUGGUGCAAGGAUUGUAAUGCUACCUGCGGAACCAUGUUUGAUUUCUUCACGCACAUGCAUAAUAAGAAGCACAGACAGACUCUGGAUCCAUACAAUAGACCUUGGGCUACAAAGACUCAAACUGAAGCAAAGCAGGACCUGAUGAAACGCACUGAUAAAAUACCUCUUCCUGCCAAAGGUUCUGAAUUUCUAAUCCCAGUCACUGGAUAUUUCUGCCAGCUCUGCCAUGAAUUUUUUGGAGACCAGAUUUCAGCAGAACAACAUGUGAAAAGUCACUCGCAUAAUGAGAAAUACAAGAAACAUAUGGAUGAGAAUCCACUCUAUGAAGAGAGGAGAAACCUAGACCAUCAGGCAGGAUUGUCUGUUAUUCAAGAAACAGAGCGCAGGCUGAAACGGAAACAGUGUGAAAAACAAAAAGAGGAAAGAGAUGAAAAAACUGCAAAAGUGACAAGGAAAGAGGAACCAAAGGGUACCAAAGAACUAGAAGAAGUUGGUAAUGAAAAUGAGAUUAGUAAAAAGAAAGAGAAUUCUAAUGGCCAGAAAUUUGGGGUUAAGCUUAAAUUGAAGAAAGAUGGAAACGAGGCUGAGAAAAAUGAAGAAAAAAAAGAGGAACCACAAAAAGAAUCAAAGCAAUCAUCUUUUGGAAAGUUCAGCUGGAGGAAGACUGAGAAAGAGGAAAAAAAUCAAAGCAAAGAUGUAGCUGUCUCUAAGGAGGAGAGUGCUGAAGAAGGUACAGAAAAAGAAAGUAAGUCUCAAUCUGGAAAAUCAAAUUCAAAGCCCAUUGCAAUUAAGUUGUCUGGGAAAACAGUUAUACCACAUACUAGUCCUUGGACACCAGUGGUUACAACUUCAUCACAAGCAAAAAUCAGGCCCAAUUUACCAGUCCCCAUUAUGGUUCUCAGAAAGAAUGCAACUGCAACAGUAAGCAAGCCAGCACCUUUAAACACUUUCUUGUCUAUAAAGUCUUCUGGUGCCACCACCAAGCCACUCCCAGUUGUUAAAGAGAGUAAUCCUGAACUUGUUCUACCUCCAGAUAUUAUUUCAAAAGCAUUUGGAGGAGAAGUAGUCGUCUUAAAGAGCUCGCAGGAGAAUACAAAGAUGCCAGAGCAGGCAGAGGGACAGGAGGACAAAAGCCUGGCAAGGACCCUGGAACAUGCAAAGGCUGUAGAACUCGCAAAAGCCAGUGCGGCAAAGACACAGGAGCAGGCAGUGACUGUGGCAAAAGCACAAGUGAAGGCACAAGAACUUGCAACUAUGGCAAAGGAGCAGGAGGUUACAAGAACAGCAAAGACAAAUGAGCAAACUCAGCUUUUUGAGAGAUCAUCCUGCUGUACUCCUGUACUACCACUGCCACCAGGACUACCCCUGUCACUAGCACCACCAGUACCACGACCAUUUUCAGUGCUGUUUCCUCCACCACCACCUUUGCCGUCACCAAAACCAGUUGCCAUUCUGGCAGAUGACAUGGCUCCAGGUGUAUCUGAAGUUGAUAAAAACAUAUUGACAUUGGCCAUGUGUCCCCGUCCCUUACCGCCUCCAACUGUUUUUAGGGACCAGGCUAAAAAACUAGAGAAAAAGAACCCUUGCCUGGCUGCAGGUAAUGCUAAAGAUCUAUAUGGCAUUUUCUACAACAGCAUUGGGAGAUCUGCAAGUUCUGCAGCUUUAGCUAAAUUUUCCUUUAAAUUAAGCCCUGCUGAGAGAGAAAGAAGCACAGACAUGCUGUCAGAUUCAAAAUCAAGUAGCAGCUCUUCUACACAAGAAUCUCUCGAGAAUAUAGGCAAUUCUUCAGGUGUCCGCGAAAUUGCUUUAGGUAAUAAGACUCCAGAAACUGAGGCAAUAAAAGUUUUCACAGCUUGUGAAGAAAACGUUGAAAUUGACUCUAGUGCUGAGAGGGAAUGUUGUACAUUAACAAAUAAGGAAAUGGCAGACAAGCUUCCAACAAAUACCUCUGUUUCCAUUCAGAAUGUGGUAGAAAUGGGAGACCCAACAGAAUUUGGCAAUAAUCCAUCAGGGCUUGCGCCGCAGUUGCCAGAAAGCAGUGCUCUUCCUUUUGAUGAAGUCAGCAAGAGGUCAUCAGAACUUGAUAAGGCAGAGUUUAAACCUUCUGAUGAUGGAGAGUUAUUGGAAAGCAGCGUUGCUCCUUUAGAAUAUCUUACCAAGAAGCCAUUAGAAUUGGAGUUCUCAGCCAUGCCAUUGUCAGAAAGCAAUUCAGCAGCUGCUCAUUUGGAUGAAAUUAGUAAGACUCCAUCAGAACUCGAUUCAGCAGAGUUUAAAUCAGCUGAUGAUAAAAAAUUACCUAUACAGUUGUCAAAAGACUAUGUUUCUCCUUUAAAAGACAUUAAGAAAAACUCAGCGGAGCUUGAGUUAGGAGAGUUGGCCGUGUAUGUGCCAGAAAGCAGCGCUCUUCCUUUGGAUGAAGUUUGCAAGGAUUCAUUAGAAGUUGAGACAGCAGACAUUAAAUCUCAUGAUGAGAAUAAGUUACUGAUAAAACUGCCAGAAGACAGUGUUGCUCUUUUAGAAGAAGUUAGCAGAAACCCAUCGGAACUUGAGACAGCAGAGUUUAAAUCUCCUGAGGAUAAAGAAUUAGCAAUGCAAUUGCCAGAAGAUGACUUUAGCAAGCGUGUUAGUGUGACAGGUGUUGAAGACAUCAGUCAUGUGCCACAAAACCAGCAGAAAAUGGAGAUGCAUGAUAAAUCCAAGUUAAAAGAGAGUCAGAGUGAUGUGGAGAUGAAAGAAUAUAUGACUGGUUUAGAUGAGAGAGAUGUAAAAGGAGAACACUUGGAAUUAGGACAUCAUUUUGCAAUUAGUCAGAGAGACACAAAGUCUCAAUUACUUGAGAUGCAGAUUGAAACCCACAAGGGAAGAGGGCCUACUUUAACAGAAGAGAAGCAAAGUGAUGACAGCUCUGAACUGCCAAUUUCUACUUGUGUUUCAGAGAUGUGUGUUCAGAGUCAACCAACUUUGGAGCCAAUAGACUUAUCAAAAAUGAAGGAGGAAAAUCCUCAAGUAGUAAUGACAGUUUGUAGUUGUUCUAAAGAUUCACCAUUGGAUCUAAAAGUGGAAAGUGUAGGCUUUGAUGGGCUUAAGUCAGCAAUCAGUGAUGAAGUUCCUCCAACUUCAGAGGUACAGAGCAUAGAUCCAGAACUGAGGCCUUUAAAUAAUGGUGAAUUAGGCUCCUUCCAUAUUAACAAUAAGGAACAAGAAGUGUUCGUUAAUUCUCAACCAAAAGGUGGUGGGGAUUUUGAUGUCUGUGUCCCAGAACCAGGAAAGAUGCCAAAUAAGUGCCUUGCUAAUGUAACAGUGCUAAGCAGCAUACUAGAGAGAGAAAUUAGUCAGCAGACAUCAAGCUGUGAAACUAAGGAUCUGCAAGUACAGGGAACUGAAGAUCUGGGAGAAAUCUCUUCUACAAUUGAUGUUGAACCUAGUACCAGAGUCGAAUUAAUGUUUAUUAAAAAUGGCACACAAGGGCCUUCUGAAUCUGAUAAGGAACAAAGUUACAUUGAAAAGAGAGUUUCUCUAGAUAAGGACAACAUUAAUUUUUCCAGUGCUCAUCCAGAGAUUGUUCAAGAGCCAUUAGAUGCUCUUCCAACAGAAUUCAGUGUUGGGCAUCUUGAAGAAGAAAACCUGAACUUCACAAGCAUGAACACUGGUGACUUAAAUACCUCAGAAGCUGGUGAUUUUGACUUGAACACCACUUAUUCAGAACUUAAUUUUGAUCAGUCUGCAACCCUUACUCUGAAUUUAAAUGUAGAAAAUGAGAGAGAUUCUCCAAAAUCUGACCAAGUUACGCCUUCUGAUCCUUCCACACUGAAAGCAGAUCUGGUAUUAGAAACCAUUGAUUUUAGUCUGGGCGAUAUUGAAGUAGAACGUGGACACUUGGGUAUCCUACCAUCUGAAAUUCUAAAUGAGGACAUUGUAGAAAGCCCAAAGUUAGAAACUAUAGCACCCAUUUGUUUAAAUUCCAAAAAGGUUAGUGAGGUAGACAUUGACCAACCAGGGGUGGAACCGGAAAUAAUUGAUUUUGAUGCAUUAACUUCUCGUGAUCAAGAGGACAAGCUUUGUUCCUUGGUUUCUGAUGUGGUAUCUCCUGCAUCAAAUGGUGGGACUGCAGAAACUGGUAUGCCACUCCUCGAAAUACAGGAUAUGUCUAUAGUUUCUGAGGUCCUACUGCAAGGAGAUGAUAUAAGAGGUGGCACUUCUGAUAUGCCAUCAUUGAGUUGUAGUGGAAAAAAUGUGCAGAGCCAAGCUCCAGAGUGCUUGGAAUCCUUCCUUCCAAAUCCAAAGGAAAUAUAUGUAGAAAUGGGGGGCUCAGGUGACAGUGAAUUAUAUGUUGUUAAAAAUGAGAUGCAGACAUCUGCAGGGGACAUAACCAAGUCAGAGGUGGAAGGUAAUGAUGGUAGAUGUGAAGUUAACAGUAAGAGGGCAUCAGAUGAAAUUAGAAGUUCUGCAGAGCACCUGGUAAGUUCAUACAAAAUUGACCCUAGUGUUUAAACAUCUAUUGCUUGCGUUCUAGAAUUGCUCCUAAUGUUUGAAUAGCUAUUUCUUGAAUUUUAUAAAUAUUUCUUUAAGCUGUAACAUGUUGAACAUUGGCUAAAGCAUGUAAACUUGCUUUGCCCAAAAGGGUAGACUCCAUUGUACAUACUGGAUUGUGUAAAAAAAAAUUUUGUCCAUUUUUGACCAUUUACUUUCUAUCUCCUGCUAUUAAAAUGGGAUUUCUCACUUA